UGUAUUUUAAUAUACAGAUUAAUAUUUUUUAUUUUCUUAGACAAUUCAAAUGUUAAUUUAUACACCUCCCGUACUCACACAUGUGACCAACUGAGAAGUGAAGAUUGUGGAAAAUCAGUUAUUCUUUGUGGUUGGUUAGAGUAUGUACGAUUAAAUCGUUUUAUAGUUCUAAGGGAUGGCUAUGGUUCAACGCAACUCAUUACUCCUGAAAACGCAAGCACCGAAUUAAAUGAUUUUAUUAAAAAAAUUCCUCUGGAAUCAGUUUUGAUGUGUUAUGGUAAAGUAAAAUUAAGGCCUGUUGAGGAAAUAAACAAAAAUCAAGCAACAGGAAUGAUAGAAGUAAUCAUUGAUCAAUUACUGCUACUUAAUGCUGUUGACACCAAAUUACCAUUUCAAUUACGAAAGUUUAAUAAGGCAAAUGAAUCGUUAAGAUUAAAAUAUCGUUAUGUGGAUUUGCGAUAUCCUGAAAUGCAAUAUAAUUUGCGCCUAAGAUCAAAGUUGUUGAUGAAAAUGAGAGAAUUUUUGAUUAAUCACCGUUCGUUUGUUGAAGUUGAAACUCCUACAUUAUUCAAAAAGACGCAUGGUGGCGCACAAGAAUUCAUUGUACCAACUCAUGAAAAAGGAAAAUGUUAUUCAUUAGUUCAAAGCCCUCAGCAAUUAAAACAAAUGUUGAUGGUUGGUUCCAUAGAUAGAUAUUUUCAAGUAGCAAAAUGCUACAGAGAUGAAGGUGCUAAAUCUGACAGACAACCAGAAUUCACUCAAUUGGAUAUUGAAAUGUCAUUUACUAACCAAGAUUCUGUGAUGUUACUCAUUGAAGAGUUGUUAUCGUUUAUUUGGCCAUCAGAAUUGGGUAAAAUUAAAACACCAUUUCAUCGAUUGUCUUAUGAGGAAGCAAUGCUCACAUAUGGUAGUGAUAAACCAGAUAUCGGAUGUAGUACAAAAGUAAUACUUCAAUAAAACUAACUUUUUAUUUCAUUUUUUUCUUUAAAAUAUUCAGCUAUCUAGUAUCUUCCAAUAAGUAUGGA